AUGGAUCAAGGGGCCUCUGAUUUGGAGAAGCCCCCGGCCAGCACUUUCUCCGAGGAAGAUCCAAAGACUUCGGCGCAUCCAUGUUGCAGGAAAUUAUGUCGGCUGAUUCCUUCCAAUUUCUGGGAAGAGGCGAAGAAGAUUUUGGUGAUGUCCGGGCCAUUGACGGUGAUUCAGCUCUUGGUGUUUAUGAUCCACGUCGUCAGUACGAUAUUCUGCGGCCACAUGGGCAAAGUUGAGUUGGCUUCCGUCACCCUGGCCAUCGCGGUGAUUAAUGUGACCGGCAUUUCUAUAGGUUUUGGGUUGUCCUCGGCUUGCGACACAUUAAUAUCUCAGACUUACGGCGGGAAGAACAUGAAACGGGUGGGCACCAUCCUCCAACAAGGGGUCCUGAUUCUUCUCCUCUGCUGUUUCCCAUGCUGGGCGUUUUUCAUCAACACAGAACAGCUCCUCUUGUUGAUCCGGCAGGAUCCGGAAGUCUCCAGGCUCACUCAGGUUUACGUCAUGAUCUUUAUCCCGGCACUGCCCGCAGCCUUUAUUUACCAGAUCCAAAUGCGGUAUUUGCAAAACCAGAAAAUCAUUUGGCCAGAGGUUUUUUGUGGCAUUGCUGCAAAUAUUAUCAACGUCCUGGCGAAUUAUAUUUUCCUUUACCAAUUCCACAUGGGCGUUCGAGGGUCCGCCUGGGCCAACACCAUCGCUCAGUAUGCUCAAGCCAUCAGCCUCUUUCUCUACAUCAAGUGGAAGAAGCUUCACGUCGAAACCUGGGGAGGUUGGUCCAUGGACUGCCUGCAGGAGUGGGGGCUCUUCAUGUCGCUGGCGAUUCCCAGCAUGCUGAUGAUUUGCAUUGAGUGGUGGACCUUUGAAAUCGGAAGCUUUCUGAUAGGCCUCCUCAGCGUGCUGGAUCUUUCUGCACAAUCCAUCAUCUAUGAAAUCGCCACCGUUGCGUAUAUGAUUCCCUUUGGGAUCGGGGCCUCGACCAGCGUCCGAGUGGGCAACGCCUUAGGAGCCGGGAAGGCAGAAGAAGCCCGGAGGUCAUCGGUGGUCGCCAUCUUUUGCACAGUGGGAUUCGUCGUUCUGAUGUGUCUUGCGAUGAUAGCCUCGAAAGACGUUUUGGCCUACAUUUUCACCAGUGAAAAGGAAGUGGUUGACCUGGUGGGUUAUGUGAUGCCGGUCUACAUCGCCUUCCACCUGUUUGAAGCUCUUUGCGCCACAACCAGCGGGGUGCUGCGUGGCACCGGAAGGCAGAAACUGGGUGCCAUUUUCAACAUGCUGGGCUACUACACCGUCGGCCUGCCCUUGGGGGUUGUGCUACUUUUCGUCGCCAAAAUUGGCAUGAUAGGGUUUUGGCUGGGCAUGCUGAUAUGCACCUUGAUCCCCUGUUUCUGCUCCAUCACGUACAUUAUCCGGAUGAACUGGCUGCAGGUAGCUGAAGAGGCACAGUGCCGUGCGAAACUGUCGCAGAAGCCGGUGGAAGAUUUGAACUCGGCUCCCCGGCCAGACAAAGCAGUCUCUUCUUCCGAUAUCGAAGGCAAAGCAGGGUUUGGAGGACUCACCAAUGCCCAGAACGGUGUCGUGCUGCUGAGUUUCACUGUCAUAGAUGGCCCAAACUUGCCGGACAAGAAGCCCGCCAGUGUCCCCAGGACAGGCCGAGUUCUGACCACAAAACAACUGAUUGUGAGACGGGGACUGGCGGUGGCUGCCGCCGUGGGCAUUCUAGCCGUCGGAAUAUUGAUACGGAUAUUCACGGUGGACAAUUAGCGGCUUGGGAAGAGGCUGGAAUAAACCUCGAACCCAAGGCAAGGAAACAAGAGUGCGACGCCCAGCGCCAGGAGCCUGAUUCAUCCAGCAGGGGGCGCCAGUGGGAGUCAUACUCAGAGCU